AUAGACGGAGUUGGGCACGCGGUCGUCUCGCACUCCUGCGCACUACCAAGGAUCCAUGGAUUAUUCUUAAUUUAAAAUCCUUCCUUGUCUCUCUCAAGUCGGUAGCCGUAGAGUGAAAUGGUGUUAUAAGUUAUUCGAGUUAUUGUGUUUAGAUUUUUUAGCGAUGUGGAACUGUGUUUGGUGUUUGGUUUUGGUGUCUUUACCGGCAUGGGUGUAUGCUGGGAUAGCUGAAGAGUUAGCUGAGGCCACACAGCUGUGCUGCAGUCAAGGUACAAGAUAUGCCAGAAAUCACACGUCAGAAGAUUGCUCCUCAUCCGUGCCACCUGACGUAUCACCCGCUUAUGGCGCUCUUUGCAUCUUCGCCAUGGACCAGUGUUGUAAAGAAUACUUCCAAAAAAAGGAUAAUUGUGAAGAUGGCGCAGAGAUCGCAAACAAAGGUAGUUGCGAUUCCACAUCAGGUUUUACAAAGACUUGUUGCACGGAAUGUUCAAGAGGAAAAGCUGCAGGUUCAAAGCUUGGUGAUAGUGCAUGUACUUCAAAUCCAAGGGGCACUAGCCCUGAAGAGUUAUUGGCUGGAGAUACCUACGAGUCGUGUUGUAAGAAAGCAGCAGAAGAACCUCCUGAUGAUCACAAUGAGGAACCAGUCACCACAUCAAAAAAAUCCUUGUUGAGUGUGCUUCCUUCCCUGUGCGAGGAUUACGCACCUAACGAGUUAUGUGCUCAUCAUUGCAUCCCUAUACCAGGUUCUUAUAAGUGCGAAUGCAACCCUGGUUUCAAACUUAUGGCUGAUCGAAGAAACUGUAUAGAGGUAGUGAAGAACAGGUGCAAGCCUCAUAAUCCUUGCCAACAUAAAUGUAAUGACAACGGAUUACAAAUAAAAUGUUCAUGUCGUAGAGGAUACGAACUCUUACUUGAUGGGAAAUCUUGUAAAGAUAUUGACGAGUGUAUUUUGGACCCUCCAGUUUGCCUUCCUGGCACACAAUGCCAUAAUAUUCAGGGUUCUUACAGGUGUAUACUUACUAAGAAGAAUAAUCCAGAAGUGGGACAGUGCCCACCUGGAUUUACUAAAAACAUUAUGAAUAAUGCUUGUGACGAUAUAAAUGAAUGUAAACUUCCUCGUCCACCUUGCCCGUCCUAUCUUUGCGAGAACACAGUGGGAGGAUACAAAUGUGGUGGCGUGCCAGGAGAUCCUGUUAAUCUAGCCUCUUCAAUGAAACCUCCAACUGAAGACAGAUGUCCAUCAGGUUUCAGAGUUGGUUACAACGAAGAAUGUGAAGAUGUGGACGAAUGUGCUAUGAACAAAGAUGAUUGUAAUCACUUAUCACAGUUCUGCAUAAACACACGAGGUGAAUUCUACUGCCAAGAUAAAGUGUCUAAGCAUUGUCCCCCAGGAUUCAAAAUAGAUCCUAUAACCAACAAAUGUGAAGAUAUUAAUGAAUGUGAGGACGGUGAUGAAAUUUGUAGACCUGACCAAAUUUGCAUCAAUCAGCUUGGACAGUAUGAUUGUAAACUCAAAAGCUCUUUUAGAAAAGACCGAAUCUGUCCCGACGGCAUGCGCUUAACACCCGGAACGUCCGUUUGUGAAGAUAUCGAUGAAUGCGUCGAAGGCACUCAUCUAUGUGACCAGUAUCAGAACUGUCUGAAUACAAAUGGAAGUCAUGAGUGUACCUGCAAAAUUGGCUUCGAACAAGACAUCACUACAGGAGCUUGUGUUGAUGUGAAUGAGUGCGCAACUGAUCAGCACAGCUGUAUACUCGAAACUCAGAGAUGCGACAACACUAUUGGCUCAUUCCUCUGUAUUAGAUUUACAUCUUGUGGUACAGGAUAUAUUCUUCAACAUUCAACCGGCAAAUGUGAAGAUAUCGAUGAAUGUGCGUUGGGAACACAUAAUUGCGCUCGUGCUGGACCGGAGUAUCACUGCGUCAACAUACCGGGAUCAUUUAGAUGUAUCCGAAAGCGUUCUACCACGACAUCUACCACGCCGUUGCCCGAAUAUGAAUAUUAUUACGACUCUGAAGAAGAAAUAGAUGGAAACGAAACGAGUCCACAAACUGGGAACCAGCCAGAAUAUACAUCUUCCACAACGACAACACCUAAACUUGAAACUUCAAGUGAGACACCGCGAACAGUUCCAGCUACAAAACCUACGGAACCACCUCAUCCAACAAAUGAAUUUCCUACUAUAUCAAAAACACCCGAUAAAAAUGAAGAUAAAAGAAUUCAUGAAGUUGAUGAAAGAACUAAUGAAGUAGUUCCACCAUCAACAGAUAUACCUGAGACAUCUAUAAUUAAUUUCAAAUCAGAGCAGCCGCAACCUGUGGUACCUCCAGAAAUAGAAGAAGCACCUACAACACCUAAAAUGGAAUUCAAACAACAGCCAACUGAGCCAAAACUUACACCAAUCUCACCAAAACCAGACAAGCCUGAUUAUUAUGAACCUAGAUCAACAGAAUCAAAUUAUCUUGAAUCGCCUAGUAUAAACGAGUCAACACCACCUGAUACCAAUGAAUUAAUGCAACCAGAGACUACUUACUCUCUUAUCUCGUCAACACUACCAACUGUUCUCAAUCAGCCUUCUCUUGUGUAUGUGGAAGUAGGCAAAGAAACUGCUACGGUGAAAGCUCACAAAGAAGAUGAUGGUUCUUUGGUGAUAAACACUAAAGAUGUACCUAAAAAUGAAUGGACAAAAGUAAAUGAGAAACCAACAAACUGUCAGUUUGGAUUUGAGUUGGAUGAGUAUGGGGCUUGUUAUGAUAUCGAUGAAUGCGUGACCAACAGACAUAAGUGCUCGGGUCUAACUGAGAUUUGUAAGAAUACGAUGGGUGGUUAUCUCUGCGAGUGUGCGCCAGGAUUCCGUAGAGACCUAUAUACGGGAGCUUGCGAUCUCGUUGUUUCGUCUACGUCUACCACCACAAGUACAACUGUACCACCCCCUACAACAACUCCUAGACAUUACUUCUGGGGAUAUCCGGAGUUCCGUCCGCAAACAGUUCGACCAUUCAGACCCAGGAAUCUGUGUGAUGCUGGAUUCCAUCUCGAUUCGCGAACAGGGCAAUGUGAAGAUGUGAAUGAAUGCAUCAACGGUCAAGCAAACUGCGCAGAAGUGGAAAUAUGCGUGAACACUGAAGGUGGAUACCGUUGCGAAUGUCCGCCUAACUGGCACAUAGACAAUUUUAAACAACGUUGUGUACCCAAUAGGACCAAUGAGCAGUUUCCAACUGGAUACGGAAAUCAACCUGAAUAUCCAUCAAUACAUGGUUCAAUAAUUCCUAAUUUCCCUCAAGGCGAAAUAAAAGGAACUGACUAUGUAGACCCAGAAAUAACACCUAUCGAAAAUAGAGGAACGAUUAUCAGAUGCCCAUGGGGAUAUAGACUUGGGGAUGACAGCACUUGUGUGGAUAUAGACGAAUGUUCUACCGGCGACGCCAAUUGUGGACCUCUGCAAAUAUGCAUGAAUCUUCCUGGUGGCUACACUUGCAGUUGUCCUUCGGGACACAGGCUAAUCGGAGACCACGAAUGCGAAGACGUCGACGAGUGUAUGCUGGCUGGACGUAACCCAAUUUGCUCCCAAAAUGCUGACUGUAUAAAUACUAUUGGAUCAUACCAAUGCAGAUGUCAUGAAGGUUUCCGGUCAGCACCUAUCAAUGAUAAGGUUUGUGUAGACGUAGAUGAAUGUACGGAAAACAGAGCUGGAUCUCUUUGUGAACAACGCUGCAAUAAUGUAUGGGGAAGUUAUCGUUGCUCCUGUCAUAGAGGUUACAGAAUAAAUGCUGAUAAUAGUACCUGUGCUGAUAUCGACGAGUGUACAGAAUUUAAAUCUAAAUUCCUAUGCGUGGGCAAGUGCUACAAUCAACCUGGUAGUUAUAGAUGCGAUUGUCCAUCAGGAUAUCGAUUAUCAGAAGACAAGAGGAGUUGUAUUGAUAUCGACGAAUGUGAGACUGGCAUAGCCCCAUGUGCUGGUGCCUGGACCGGCAGUGGAAGUAGCGAUGUUUGUCUCAACACCAGAGGUGGUUAUCGCUGCCAUCGCAUCAACUGUCCUCCAGGGUACCAGUUGGAAUCCAAGCAUCGCUGCACUAAAGUGGAAAGAGUAUGUCCUCCAGCCGACUGGGAGUGUGCCCACCAGCCAUCGACUUACUCCUACAACUUCAUCACUUUCGUCUCAAAUUUGUUCAUACCAGAUUCCAAAGUGGACCUCUUUACGAUGCGAGGACCAACGUGGGCGCAUGCACAAAUCAAAUUCCAGCUAAGAUUACUCGACGUAAACGCACCACCUACAGUUAAAAACAAGGCUGAUAUUAACAGCUUUUUAUUAUCACAAUCGGGUAACCAGGGAGUAGUCUCUUUGGUGCGUUCCCUAGAAGGUCCACAAAGCAUAGAGUUGGAGCUGAUGAUGGAACUCUACAAUCGGGGCCAGUUUGGGGGUAUUGCCGUCGCCAAAUUGUUCAUUUUCAUUUCAGAGUAUGAAUUUUGA